AUGUCUGAAUGUAUCCAGUUCUCAUUUGCUGUUUGUAGAAUUGGCAUUUACACGUGUUUUAGAGCACUUUGCUGCAAGGGACCGCCACCGCCAAGACCUGAAUAUGACUUGGUUUGCAUAGGCCUCACUGGUUCUGGCAAGACAAGUCUUCUGUCACAGCUUUGCAGUGAAAGCCCGGAUAACAUAGUGUCUACCACAGGUUUUAGUAUAAAAGCAGUGCCAUUCCAGAAUGCCAUCUUGAACGUAAAAGAACUUGGAGGGGCUGACAAUAUCAGGAAAUACUGGAGUCGUUACUACCAAGGAUCCCAAGGGGUAAUAUUUGUAUUAGACAGUGCCUCCUCUGAAGAUGAUCUAGAAACUGCUAGGAAUGAACUGCAUUCUGCUCUACAGCACCCACAGUUAUGUACUUUGCCGUUUUUAAUACUGGCCAAUCAUCAAGACAAGCCAGCAGCUCGCUCCAUACAAGAGAUAAAAAAAUAUUUUGAACUUGAGCCACUUGCACGUGGAAAGCGCUGGAUUCUUAAACCCUGCUCCUUGGAUGAUAUGGAGGCAGUAAAAGACAGCUUCUCCCUUCUAAUAAACUUGCUAGAAGAGAGAGACUUCGAACCUUCAAGAAUGUGA